UGAAAUCAUAUUGUGCUAACAGCAAUCCUUGGUAUUUUGUUUCAUUAUAAAAAAGAUAAUCUACUAAACAUUAACAUGCUGGAAGGAACAAGGUAUCUUUCAUCCAUGCGGACCUUUUCUAUUGAUGAGCUUUAGUAAUCUACUGCCAACAAUUGAAGCUAGCUUCUUUACUUUCUUUUACAACUGAUGUUGUUUUGUUUUUCGUAUUUGUCAGUUCAUAGGCAAAUGGAGGAAUGGGCCUACUUAAAAUUACUCCUUCAACUCAUACUCCUGUUUCAUCUCGACUUUUGAGGCUUAGCAUCCUUCUACUACUUAGCCUUCCCGACUCAAAAGGAAGAGCCAUUUGGACAGCUCACCUGAAUAUAACAUUUCAGGUGGGAAAUCAGAUCAUAUCAGAAUUAGGAGAGAGUGGAGUGUUCGGGAAUCAUUCUCCUCUGGAAAGGGUGUCUGGUGUGGUGGUACUUCCCAAAGGAUGGAAUCAAAACGCUUGUAAUCCUUUGACCAAUUUCAGCAGGCCUGCACAGGCAGUCUCUUGGCUGGCCCUCAUUGAACGGGGAGGCUGUACUUUUACACGUAAAAUCAAAGUGGCAGCAGAGAAGGGAGCAAAUGGGGUGAUCAUCUAUAACUAUCCAGGCACAGGCAACAAAAUAUUUCCCAUGUCUCACCGGGGAACGGAAAAUACAGUGGCUGUGAUGAUAGGCAACAUGAAAGGCAUGGAAAUUUUGCAUUUGAUUCAGAAAGGAGUCUACGUGACAGUUAUCAUCGAAGUGGAGAGAACACACAUGCCAUGGUUGAGCCAUUAUGUCAUGUCUCUGUUUACCUUCCUGGGUGCCACAACUACCUUCCUUUUCUUGUACUGUGCAUGGAGACCUAGAGUGCCCAAUUAUCCCACCAGGAGGCGAAGGCGGAUAAAAGCAGAUGUGAAGAAAGCUAUUGGUCAGCUUCAACUGCGAGUGCUCCAAGAAGGUGAUAAGGAACUAGACCCAAAUGAAAACAAUUGUGUUGUUUGCUUCGACAUAUACAAACCUCAAGAUGUAGUACGUAUUUUAACUUGCAAACAUUUUUUCCAUAAGGCAUGCAUCGACCCCUGGUUGUUAGCCCAUAGGACAUGCCCCAUGUGCAAGUGUGACAUUCUGAAAACUUAAGAAACCAAGAGAAUCCUCCGAAGAUGUAACUAGAUCUUUCCAAAUAUUAAGAUUAGAUGAAUUCUUAUUGUACUUCUUAUAGUACUUCUGAAGUACUAAUAAGGGUGAAAUUCAUGGUUUAAAAAUAAAACUUAAUAUCAUGCCCAGC